GUUACUCACCUGGCUGUUAAGGCUGACAGGAUUUCGUGGUUGUCUCCAUCCCUGAGGCUACGUGGACGCCCUUCCUGAGAGCGCAUAUCCAGUGUCCUCUGGGGAGUAGUGGAGCCAACUUCAGGACUGACUGACCAUGACUUCUAUAAAGGAGCAGGCAGCCAUCAGCCGGCUCUUGAGUUUUUUACAGGAUUGGGACAAUGCUGGCAAAGUUGCAAGGAGUCACAUCCUCAGCACUUUCAUCGAGACCAACCAAGGCAAGACCGCCCCUGAACUGGAGCAGGAGUUUUCUCAGGGAGCCAGCUUGUUCCUAGUACGCCUGACCACCUGGCUUAGACUCAUCUAUAUGACUGGCUCGUGUUUAGAUAAGCUUCUAAAGUCAAUUGGCGUCUUCUUGUCAGCUGUAAGCAGUAAUCAGUACCUUAUAGAAUUUCUCGAGGUUGGAGGCGUCCUAACACUCUUGGAAAUACUUGGGCUGGAGAAGAUCAAGGAGGAGGACAAGAAGGAAUCCAUCAGGCUACUUCAGGUCAUUGCGAACUCUGGCAGGAAGUACAAGGAGCUCAUUUGUGAAAGCUAUGGUGUAAGAUCCAUAGCAGAAUUUUUGGCAAAGUCUAAAUCAGAAGAGACCCAAGAAGAAGUGCAGAUUCUAUUGGAUUCUUUGGUCCACGGUAAUCCCAAGUACCAGAAUCAAGUGUACAAAGGUCUAAUAGCUUUGCUGCCUUGUGCAUCCCCAAAAGCUCAGCAGCUCUCCCUGCAGACUCUCAGGACUGCACAGUCGAUCGUUGGGACCACACACCCCAGCAUUGUGGACUGCGUGCUGAAGGUACUGCGCACGAUGCACCUGGAAGUGCAGUAUGAAGCCAUCGAGCUGAUCAAGGACCUGGUCAACUAUGACGUGUGUCAGGCGCUGCUCAAGGGCCUCGUGGCGCUGCUGAUACCAUCAGUCAAGGAGGCCAGCAAACUGCAGCCCAAGAUCCUCAACGACUCCGCGGUUCUCCAGCUCACCGCCAACCUGCCGGUGUUCUUGCAGCAGGCCGCGGCGGCCAAGGCCAUCGGGGUCCUGGCGCGCAGCAACACGAGCAUCGCCGAGGAGAUGCUGCACCUGCGCGUGGUGCACAGCCUGAUGGCCGCCAUGGGCAACACGGACCACAGCAACAGCCAACGGCAGGCCAGCCUCACGCUGGAGUACUUCGUGCAGAUGUUCCCAGUGGUGGAGGAGCACGUGCGCAGGUCCAUGGGAGAGGAACUCUACGAGCUCUUCCUCAGCAAUGCCGAGGACUUGUACAUGAAAAUAGAUAGCAUUCAGGCGGACAUCUUGGCGGCCAACAAAGUCAAUGUUUCCAAAGCGUUAUCCAUCAGUGGCGUCUCCUACAGCAACAUGAGCUUUUACCGUGGCCCUUGUGGUGAGGAUCAACUGGCUUACACCACAUACUUCCAGAAGGAGGGUUCGGAAGGAAAGGAGUAACGGAGCCUCUGAGGCAACCCAUAAAGGCCAAGGCUGUGUUUUACCUGGCAGAAGGAGCCUAGGGUCAAGCUCAGGGUGACUCCCUCCGUUAGCCCUAGGUGGGAGGCUGGGGGGGUUCAUGCCAGUAGGGGAGAGGAAGGGCUGCUGUCUGGGAAAUUUCAAUAAAUAGUCUUGCUGUC